GUGCAACAUAAGCUGCACCAAAACAAACCCAACGAAAGACGCAUUGUGGUGCGAUUCCUGCAAAAAAUGGAGAAGCGAGUUCCGCCGACACAUGCGCUAUCCUGGACAAGUAAACCGUGUCAAAUGGGAAAUGUUUGACUCUAGAACAUGGGGAAGAGACAGUACACAACAAACCCUCAAUCAAAUCAUGAACGUUUAUGUACAUAAGUGUCCAAACCCGACAGAGUCAACAAUGGAUGACAUUAUCAAUAUCGUUUCUCUAUUUGAAAACUGUUUAUAUUUUGAUAUUGGAAAUAACAAAGCAUUACUUGGGAAGGUCCGUACAGUUCGGAAUCAACAUUUUGCUCAUAAUAAGACAUCAAUGGUUGAGGAAAAAGACUUCAGACAAUGUUUGAAAAUACUUAUUAGUGUUCUUCAGGAAAAAUCAAUUAAACAUAAUGAAAAGUGUAAGGAGGCUGUGCAUGUACUUCAUGAUCUAAAAACUGAAAACCGAUUUCAAAAUAACCAUGUAGUAGAUCUUCAACAAGUUAUAGCAGAGAAAAACAGAGAAAAUACAUCAACUAAAAUAGAAAAAUAUUUUCAAGAGAAAGAUAAAAGACACUUGACAGAUAAAAGAAUCUCUACAUGGUUUAUAUGGAUAGUGACGAUAAUAAGUGUUUUAAUGUUUUUAUGUGUUUUUUAUUGUAAUUUUCAAGAAAACAUUUAUAGCAUAUCCACCAAUAAAGAUUGCAUUACAAUGGAUUUUUCGUUUCCAUGGGAAAGUGACCUUGAUUUUUCGUACUACAUUAAGACACAUGGAACUCUUAUCGGCAGAGAAUGGCUUAUUGAAGAUAUUAGCUAUCAACUACUGCAUACAGAUUACAGAGGUAUUCUGAUAGCAGCCGAAAUGGGAUUCGGAAAGUCGGCAAUUGUGUCAAAAAUCACUUGUGAUAGUGACAAACUCUCUCCUGGAUAUCCCAUACAUUCAAAACUUAUGUCAGUGCAUCUUUGUCGCGUUGACUCGUAUAUUACAUUGAAUCCUGGAAUAUUCGUCAGAAACAUGGCGGGGAGCAUCGCAGUAAAAUUUCCUGAAUUUGGAAACAUUAUACAUCUGGACAAAAUGGCACAGGAAUAUCUUUUUACCAAAAGAUGUUUUGAAGACCCCCGAGGAUGUUUUGAUUUUGGAAUUUUAGGUCCACUACAAAAAGUACGAAAUGUACCUGACACGAUGAUUAUAAUGGUUGAUGCCUUAGACGAAUGUAUCGAGAGAGAUAAAGACAAUAUAUUUACCUUGUUGUAUGAAAAAAUCCCGCGUCUGCCAGCUUUCGUGAAAUUUUUAUUCACAUCUCGAAAUAUUUCUCAAAUACGAGAAAGGCUUCCGCCCGGGGUCAUACUUUACAAUAACCCAAGAUUCAAAGAAAAUGCGGAAUUGGAUAUAAAACGGUAUUUAGAGAAAAGGUUACAAAAUGACACCAUACGAAAACAAUUGAAUAUAAUUAUGUUUUCUGAGGCAAAGUCAGAACAACAGAUAAACAAACUAGUAGACAUUGUUGAUGGUAAUUUUCUUUUCCUGAUAAAUGCCUUUGAUUUUUGGAUGACAAAUGGAGAUUUUCAUCAAAUACCCGAUACACUUGAACAUAUUUACGAACUGAACUUAGAAAGAGUCUUUGGUAAAUCACAAGAUACUUUUGAGAGCGUAAGAUCUUUAUUGGAAAUCCUGUGUGCAUCUUUAAAUCGGCCAACGGUAAAGGAUGUUUAUAAUUAUCUAAAUCUGACAGAGCUAGACGACAAAUUACAUCUUUCUCGUCUUUUGUCUGGAGAUUUGUCUCAUUUUCUGACACGUGAGUCGGGGAGAAUAGGAUUUGCUCAUAAACGUUUUGCUGAUUUCAUAUCUUCAAAUAAGAAAUUUCUUAAAAAAUAUUAUGUAUCGAAAUAUAAUGGUCAUGUUCAAAUUUCGAAGUACUUGAUCACUAAUUUAAAACAUCGAAAGGAACACACAUCUCGAAUCGACUUCAUAUAUAUGGUUUAUCACGUUGCAAAUUGUCAAAACAAUGCCCUUCAGAAAAUGUUUAAAGAGGAAAUUAAUUCUCUACGACAAAGUGAAACAGUUCAAUUGUUUGAUGGACUUUUGCAUGAAACGGUUGCUCGGUUAAAUUCACAUCAAACAAUUAAAUUGUUGAUAGAUGUCACUCCAGAUCUCCAAGUAGACAGUAAAGACGAAGCGAACUCGCCGGCUUCUUACAUUGCAGCCGCAUAUGGCAAUGCUAAAUCUCUAGGCGCUCUGUUUGAAAAUGGAGCUGACAAGACGUUUGCAAGGUCGUCUUUUCUAAUAAGGAGUUUAUCACAGGAACUAGAUUUGAUAUAUACUUGUAAAUAUGAAGCUCACUGGGGCUACAGUUUAAUUAACAUAGCUUCACAAAAUGGCCACGAAAAAGUUGUAAAGCUUCUCAUACAAAAUGAUGUGGAUCUACUUCAUGAAAACGCAAUUGGAUUGAAUUCCUUUCAUCUAGCUGCUGAACAUGGCCAUUACCGCAUUCUGAAACUGCUGAUUUUAUUUAGAGAGUCUCUCUGGAUUCCCAGUUUGAAUCAUUCACUUUACCUUGCUGCAAAGAAUGGACAUGCUAAUGUGGUAGAAUACCUGCUUUCUUUAGGAGCAGUCGAUGACUGCUUACCGUGUAAUGGAAGUCUUUAUUGGAUACCCAAGGGAAAAGGAAGACUGCAAAGCAAAGGAGCAAGAGAGUUUUACUAUGAUCGCGAUGAACAUGAUUACGUUCUGACAGAUGAUCAGCGUUUUCUCUUUUGUGAAACUGCAUUAGAAAUAGCAACGCAAAACGGUUAUUUUGAGGUAGUAAAAAUUUUGUUAAAAGAAGAAACAAACGCAAUGACGUGCACCGACGCAAGGGGAAGAACUCCAGUCUUCACUGCAGCGGCAUUUGAUAGGAAAGAUAUUCUUCUUUAUUUUUUGGAUGAGUCUAAACAUCUUUUUAAUGCAAAAUGUGAAGAUAAGUUGACUAUAAAGCGCAUGAAAAGAGACCUAGGAAAAUUAGAGAUAAGAAAUUACCAUUUUAAAUGCUGUAAAAAAGAAUUGGCAUUGCAAAACUUUCUUGCUUUGUAUUCAACUAGUGAAACAAUAUUUGCUUUGUACAAAAAUGGGUUGAGAAAUUGGCACACAGAAGAUUCUUCCGGUGCAACUCCAUUUCACUAUCUCUGUUGUAGUGGAGUGGAGCCAUCUUUGGGAGGGAUAUUCGAGGCAAUAUUGUCUUAUAAUGACAAGUCACAAAAUGGCUCCACACCAAUACAUAGUGCAGCAAUAUGCCGCAAUUUUAUAUCUUUAGCCGUAUCUUCUAUUAGGCAUCAUAAAAUAUUUACAAGCGUAAAAGACUCUAACAAAAGAAAUGUUUUGCACUAUUUAGCAUACAAAAAUGAACAACAGAGUUUGAUUAGUAGACUUCAAGAUGCAUUUAAAACAAUAGGGUUACUUGAUUUAAUGAUACAUUCUGAAGAUUCUUACAAUUCACUAAUGGCUGAACCAGACACUGAGGGAAGAACGCCUCUCCACUAUUCAGCUAUGUCUGGAAAUCACUCUAUUUUAUAUUCUUUGAAGUACAAACUUGAUAAAAAUUUGUUCAAAAUAAGGGACAAUAAUGGAAUGACAGUUUUGGAUACUUUAUUUGAACACAUGAGUACAAUUACACCAAUUGAAAAUAACUAUAUUUUGAUUCUACCUCAUAGAUGCCCCAUGUCAGCUAUUUUUGAAUUAAUGGAAUGCUUCAGUGAGCGCGUGCAAAUUUUAGAUUCAUUUGAGUAUUUUGUAUACAUGAUUUUUAAAGAAACUGUCAAUGUAAGUAUUUUAACACAGAGAGAUAUUUUCUUGUAUAUGGAAACAGCUAUUAAUAAAAACAGAAUAUAUACGCUUGCAUUGCUAAAACAUUUCCAUCCAAGACUCUAUAAAAAUGCAAUUAUUCAAAACGGUUCUUAUAUCUUUGGACUUAUUACUGAAGGACUAAUAAUUCCCGUUACUGAGACCACUCAUUUUGAAUGACAUUGUGACAAUGUUUAUAAACAACAACCAGUCUGGAAUUAAUAUGUCAGAGAUGUUGAUUGACAAAGACAGAAAGUAUUGGACACUUUUCACAGAAUUUAAUCCAGUUGACUCUUUGUUCUUAAAUAACACUUUAAAUAAUUUUCCGAAGUUGCCUACCAAAAAAGAUCUGCUUACUUCAAUUACAUAUGGAGGAAACAUUGCUGCUUUAAAAUACAUCAAACCAGACAAUAAUACUAUUUUUAAUUUAACCUAUUACAUAGAUAUUGCUCCAUGCCUUUCUUCUGAGCUGGUUCAAUUUAGAAGCAAAUUAAAUGUAAUUUAUUAUAUACCAUUUAAGAAUGAAUGGGUGGUUCAGAUGGUAAGUUCCGAUCCCUAUUCACAUGUCUUUUUUGUAGAGAAUUUGAAAAGUAUUUAUUGGCCAUCUUCGUAUGAUGAAUUCCUCCUCAAUGAAGUAGAACUAUGUAAUCUAAGUUCAGAGUUAAAUUUUCUUCAUAAAAUGUAUGCAAAGGGUUUUAUUAAACUAGUAGAAAUGCUGCC